AGCAUUAAUGUAAUGCCUUACAAGCUUUUUAGGAAGGUGCAUCUAGGUGAGCUAAAGUCAACUAGGCUUAGUGUCACACUGUAUGAUCGCUCUGCCAUUAGUCCUAGGAGAUAUUGUGGAGGGCGUCCUAGUGAGAGUUGGCAAAUUCUACUAUCCGACGGAUUUUGUUAUCCUUGAUAUCAGUGAAGAUGCGGAUAUGCCACUCAUUCUAGGACGCCCCUUCUUUGCCACCGCCAAGGCCUUAAUCGAUGUUAAUGAGGGCACUCUGAUUUUGAGAGAUGGAGAGGAGCAACUUACUCUAUUAAUAUAUCCUAAGGCUAAGAAUGAUGAUGUGAAGGAAAUGGACUCAAACGGUAUGAUUGAAAGUGGAGGUGAGCCUCUCAAGGCGAACCCCUCUAUUACUUGUGUCCUUUGUGGUGAUGUGAAGCAGGAAAUUGAGAAGGGUAUCAAACCCGAAGGAAGGAAGAAGAAAGUGUGGAGAGAAAGUAUGAAUCGCGUUUAUACCCGAAAGAAGGAUAAGGGUAAAGCGAAGGUAGUUUGCCAAGAGGGCCAUCCUAUGGAGCUUAAGUUGACAGGUGGCAAACCUCGCCCUGAGACCGUGGCGAAUCCACUCUCGGAGGCUUCGUGCUCUCAAACAUGAUAGAUCCACAAUGUCAAGCUAGUGACGUUAACUUAGCUCUUGUUGGGAGGCAACCUAACGUCGAUUUGUUUUCUUUUGUUUAUUUUCUCUUUUUGUGAUUGAGUGGAUAGUUCAAGUGGAUGAUUGAUUAUCACCGUGCCAACAUGUUGUGUCUGAUUGUUUGGAUUUUGAGUGUGUUUGAAUUAGGGGCACAAUUGAUUAGGUCCAGUUUUGAAAUUUUGGAAAUGCCCUGUUUUCACUCAUUUCACGGUUUUAGCCUCAUUAUCACGGUCUUAGCGACCAUGAUAAUUGGGUGGAGACCGUGAAUGAGGGAAAUUCCAGAAAUGUUUGAAACACACUAUUUUGGCCCGAGAUCAUGGUCUGGGAGUUAUGUUCACGAGCUUAGCGACAGUGAACAGACUCCUUCGUCCGUGAACCUUGGGCUCGGGCUAUAUAAGGGUGUGAACCCUUCUUCUUCAUUUCACGCCGCCCCUCGCCGGAAUCCACUGAAACUCGUCAGAAAAUUGUGCCUCCUUGCUGUUUUUUUUUGUCUAUUUUGGCGAAUUUCGGUCACCCAAAUUAAAAUCCAAGCACAGA